CACCAACUGGGUCUGCGGCUUCUUCACUCCAGCCAUCUCUUCAGCAAUCCAAACUCUGUCUGAGAAAUGAAAACUGACGCGAUUUCUUUACUCCUCGCUGCAACUCGCAACCCAACAUGCGAAUGGCAAUUGGGAGUUAGUUAGGGCAGACGUGGCUGAAUAUAGUCUUCCCUGAGAAACCCUAAUUCCAGAUUGCUGUGCUUGCACGCCUGGGAGCUUCGUGAGCUUCGUGAGGAUCUGAGGUGUGCGAGCGCAUCGAAUUCCAGUUGGGCUAGGCGUGAUUUCGUUGUUUGGAAGGAGUGAAGGAAGUGAGUGAGAUGAGGCCGAUUUUGUUGAAGGGGCACGAAAGGCCGCUCACGUUUCUCAAGUACAACAGAGAUGGAGACUUGCUCUUCUCCUGUGCUAAGGAUCACACACCCACCGUGUGGUAUGCGAGCAAUGGUGAGCGCUUAGGCACAUACCGUGGUCAUAACGGAGCUGUAUGGUGCUGCGAUGUUUCCAGGGAUUCAACACGCUUGGUGACGAGCUCAGCUGACCAGACUGUGAAGCUAUGGGACUGCGAAACUGGUGUCUUACUAGACACGUUCUACUUUGAUGCUCCCGCAAGAGCUGUUAGCUUUUCCGAGGGUGACAAAAUGGUCGUGAUCUCUACCGAUCCUUUCAUGGAAAAGCAAUCCGCCAUCCAUGUCAAGAUGAUCAACUCCGACAGGUCUUUGCAAUCUAGCGAGGACGUGCUCACCAUCACAGGUCCCCAGGGCAGGAUUAACAGAGUAAUGUGGGGACCACUCAACAAGACCAUUAUCAGUGCAGGUGAAGAUGCCACCAUUCGCAUCUGGGAUGCAGAGACAGGCAAAUGCUUGAUAGAAAGCGAUCCUGAGACAGGGCAUCAGAAAGUUAUCACAUCGAUGGCUAAAUCAGCUGAUGGGUCACACUUUAUCACCGGCUCUCAGGAUAAGUCAGCAAAACUGUGGGAUAUACGAACCUUAACUGUGCUGAAAACGUACACUACAGAGCGACCUGUUAAUGCUGCUGCAAUUUCACCUCUUCUUGACCACGUCGUCAUUGGUGGUGGUCAAGAGGCAUCACAAGUGACAAUGACAAGCACACGAGCUGGAAAGUUUGAGGCUAAGUUUUUUCACAAGAUUUUUGAGGAGGAGAUCGGGGGUGUGAAGGGUCACUUUGGACCUAUUAAUGCCCUUGCUUUCAAUCCUGACGGGAGAAGUUUCUCAAGUGGUGGUGAAGAUGGUUACGUCCGUGUGCACUUUUUUGACGCUGACUACUACCACAUCAAAGUUUAGUAGAUGACUCUUGACUUGCUUGUCCAAAGAAUGUCCGAACUUGCGGAAUCCCAGGAGCAACGCUGUACCCAGAGAGGUCGUCCAGAUUUUUACUCUAGACAGUUUGUUUCCUUGAUUGUACCAAAGACCACAAAUCUCGCUCCUAAGUUCGAUUUAGAGAGAUGUCAUCUAACUACAUCUCGAGUUUAGCAUAUAAUCUCUGAUCUUCGGAUGCUGGGGAAAGUCGAGCAGUGGAGACUGCUUGCUGAAUACCGUUACCGUUGCAGAGGCUUGAAUCCCCUCGUUGGUUAGCUUUUGCUGUGCGUGCACUGAUACCUAGUAAUGCAGCGGUGAAGAUGCAGCAUCAGAUGCAUUUCAAUUCUAUAUGGUUUUUCUCGCAAGAAAUUUUGCUGACAAGCAUUUUACACGACUGUCGCGGUGCCGAAUUA